CACUCUCGCCAUGACAACCGAAUAGAACAACACGGCGGCAUCGCAGGAGCGCAGCGCAGCGCGAAUGCGGCACCAUUCAUCACCUCCGCUUCCCCCACCCUCCGCACCGAGUCGUCGAGAGCAGUCGCCAUGGCCCGCUUCUAUCCCGUCUAUGCGCGUCGCAGCGAUGGCAAACAGGAGGUGGUGGGCAAGGGCAGGAGGAAAGAGAUGAAUCAGCCGACCGACGAUCAGCUCGACCAGAAGCCCGAUAAGAACGGCAUCGCUGACUUCUACCGCGAAGUACUGCCAGACGAGCAGAAACAUAUUGACUGGCGGCGCAAGCUGGGUGGAAUGCUGGCGCGAGAGCUGCAGGCUCAGGACACGUCUGGAGGUGAAACGGGCUACCUGUUAGUCGCAUUGCCGGAGAACUACCGCCUGUUUGAACACGUGAAAAAGACGGAACAGAAUGGCAAGACGGAGCUGAAGAACAAGACGCACACUGGUGGCCAGAACGACCGACAGGAUGCAUACCUCUAUGGCCACCCCGCCGGCCGCAAGAAGCGCUUCCGCAGCCCCAACGACUUCUUCCCUCAUCUGCUAUGGCUCAGUACCGACGAGAGUGGAGACCCGGACAACUGCUCCUGCAAAAUCUGCUCUCCCGAGGAGCUGGAGAACAUCGUGCCGGGUGCAAAAACCAGAGUGGAAAGACCGGGCAGGACGGACGCAGAAUCGCCAGCCUUAGUAGCGGCGAGGCCGCACCCACAACCGCAACUGCAACCACAACGACCCACUCCUACGCCGCUGCCCCCAGCCAAAACACAAAAUCAAAGCCUGGAUCGCACAUAUGGCAACUUCAUGUACCGCGCGGGAGAGCUGGUCUGGUUCUCGCGUGGUCAAGCGUGGGGUAUUGGAGUCGUCACCAGACGAUGGGCUCACACCGAAACCUCAUGCUACUCCAUUCAGCCACUCUCGUACCCUGGCAACACUCCACAGCUCACCGUCAAGCAAGGUCAUAAGGAGAUUCGGCCAUGGCUGGCAUGGAGCGUGCCAAGGUUUCUGAAUGUGGCACUGAACGAUCAGCCCAAUCCCCCGCGAUAUGAGUCAGCGGACUGGCAAGGCAUCAUGCAAAAGAAGUACGGGAAUGGAGACUUGGAAGUGGAUGGCUCUAUCAUGGCUGCGAAGAUGGUCGAUGCAGCGUACACAUUGAUCGACAAGAAUAGCAACACCCGUCCGGAACCCAAUGUCGUCGAGACCCGUUAUGACGGCAUGUUUCUCGGCGCGGAGAAGAUCUGGUGCGGCGAACCUGUUCGUCUGCAAAUUGGCUCAGGCACAGACACUGCAGUCAUCACUGCGAUCGUGGAGCGACAGCGCCUUUCGCCUGCCAAUCAACAAGUCACACAACAGGCAGUAUACCUGGUUGGUGACAUAUACUCCUUGGCCACGAUACAGCACAACAAUCCAACGAUACCAUCCCCAGCGGACACCAACCCUCACCUACCAGAACGGAUGGUCAAGGACCUCCGGAUCCGAAACGCGCAGUCCAUCAAGACUCGACGCAUCGCCAGUUACUGGAAACUGAUGAGCGCUCAGCAACGAAUCGACCUCCACGACAUCAAAGGGCGUUGGUACGAAGCCAGCAUCAUCAUGCCUAUCCUCCAUCCCCAGAUCUGGGUCAACGCUCUCACCAAGGGUGAAGUACAAGAGGCCUCACUCUGGAUGAACAGUCGAAGCGACUGUUUGAACAGCAAUCGCGACGACAAACUCCCUCGCAUUCCUCGCGAAAACAAUCGCAAAGCGACUCGCCGCGACGCAUUCGGACAUUCGAUUCCUCCUGGCACGACGAUUGAAGAUGGCGUGCAACCUCCUGUUCCGGACAAUGUCGACCCGGGCCCCAUGGACCACCAUAUCGAAAUCGAUCCCCGGUUCGAGACUGCUGAUGGCGCUGGUAAUGCCAACCAUCCUGUAGGGGUAGACUCUGGAACGACGGGUUUGGAAGAGUUUAUGGACCUCGAUGGUGGAUUCGGGGAGGUAGGUGACUUUGUCGGAGGAGUGCAUCAUCAUGAUGCCAACCAUGGCUUUUUCUAG